AUGGGACAGACCGUGACAACCCCACUAACAAUGACUCUGGACCAUUGGACGGACGUUAAGACUAGGGCUCAUAAUCUUUCUGUCGAGGUGCCGGCCCCAACGGACUCCCGGACGGCCUUUGAAAUAGGGCCAGCGGCCGGGAUUCGAAGCCGCCGGGCCGCUGCCCAGAGGGAUCUGGCGCAGGACCUGACUCCACCAUUGCCCUACCAUUACAGGCUUAUGGACCGCCCCAGCUCCAGGAAAAUUAAUCCCACUGCAGUCCUCUUUACGACUGAAGAAAGAGAGAGGAUCCUCCUAGAGGCCAGAAAAAAUGUUCCAGGACCCGAUGGGACCCCCACCAAUCUUCCUAAUCUUAUAGAUGCUGCUUUCCCCUUGGCCCACCCUGACUGGGAUUACAACUCUGCGGAAGGUAGGGGGCGUCUCACGGUCUACCGCCGGGCUCUAGUGGCAGGUCUCAAGGGGGCCGCAUGGCGACCCACCAAUUUGGCAAAGGUAAGAGAAAUCCUACAGGGUCCAGUGGAGCCACCCUCUGUCUUCUUGGAACGACUGAUGGAGGCUUAUAGGAGAUAUACCCCAUUUCAUCCCUCCUCUGAGGGACAGCAGGUGGCCGUAGCCAUGGCUUUUAUAGGGCAGUCGGCCUCUGAUAUCAAGAAAAAGUUGCAGAGACUAGAGGGGCUCCAGGAUUAUACUUUGCAGGAUUUAGUAAAAGAGGCAGAGAAAGUGUAUCACAAGAGAGAGACCGAGGAAGAAAAACAAGAAAGAGAAAAAAAGGAGGCAGAAGAGAGGGAAAAUCGGCGGGAUCGCCGCCAAGAGAGGAAUUUGACUAAGAUUUUGUCCGCAGUAGGGAGUCGGGGCUCGGUCCCCUUCCCCGAGCCUAGGGUAACUCUUUCUGUGGAGGGGAACCCCGUUAAUUUCUUAGUGGAUUCAGGAACCGAACACUCAGUUUUGACUAAGCCAUUAGGACAAUUAGGAUCAAAAAGAACUCUGGUGAUGGGAGCCACUGGAAGUAAACUUUACCUCUGGACAACCAAAAGAAGUUUAGAAAUAGGAAAAAGCCAAGUAACCCACUCUUUUCUUGUGAUUCCUGAGUGCCCUGCGCCCCUUCUGGGGAGGGACUUGUUGACCAAACUAAAGGCUCAGGUCCAGUUCACCCCGGAGGGACCAGAAGUCACCUGGGGAGAGGCCCCUAUAACAUGCUUAGUUCUAAGUCUAGAAGAAGAAUAUUGCCUCCAUGAACCCAAGACUGGGAUUUUGCCCCCUAAAGAAUGGCUGACAGCUUUUCCAGAGGUUUGGGCAGAGCAGACUGGAAUGGGACUGGCCAAACAAGUGCCACCUGUCAUAGUCGAGCUGAAAGCAGCUGCCACCCCCGUCUCAGUCAGCCCCAUGAUUCAAGGGGCUAAAGAAGGCAUUCAACCACAUAUCCAGAGACUGUUACAACAAGGUAUACUGAUUCCCUGCCAUUUCCCUUGGAAUACUCCCCUCCUGCCGGUACGUAAGCCUGGCACCAAUGAUUAUCAGUAUGUCCAGGACUUAAGAGAAGUCAAUAAAUGGGUACAGGACAUUCACCCAACUGUGCCCAACCCUUACAACUUGCUGAGUUCCUUACCGCCUGAACGAUCCUGGCACACCAUUCUGGAUUUGAAAGAUGCCUUUUUCUGUCUCAGAUUGCAUCCGAGUAGCCAACCCCUGUUCACUUUUGAGUGGAGAGAUCCCAAAGGAGGACAUACAGGUCAACUGACCUGGACUAGGUUGCCACAGGGAUUCAAGAAUUCACCGACUCUUUUCGAUGAAGCACUCCACCGUGACCUUGCGCCCUUCAGGGCCCGGAACCCUCAGAUUUCUCUCUUGCAGUACGUAGAUGAUUUACUGCUCGCAGCCUUGACCAAGGAACUGUGCCUCGACAGGACCAGAAAGCUCCUAAAGGAAUUAGGUGAGUUGGGGUACCGGGUGUCCACCAAGAAAGCCCAGUUAUGCCACUCGGAGGUGACCUACCUAGGAUACACCCUCCGAGAAGGGAAGUGGUGGCUCACUGAAGCACGAAAAAAGACUGUGAUGCAAAUCCCGACCCCCACUCCUCCUCCACAAGUACGUGAGUUUUUGGGAACUGCGGGUUUUUGUAGACUCUGGAUACCAGGGUUCGCCACGCUGGCGGCCCCUCUGUACCCAUUUGCUAAAGAAAAAGUCCCAUUCACCUGGACGGAGGAGCACCAAAGAGCCUUUGAUAAUAUAAAGACUGCCCUGCUCACAGCUCCUGCUUUGGCCCUGCCAGAUCUGAUUAAGCCUUUACUCUAUGUUGAUGAGCGGGCUGGAGUAGUCCGUGGAGUUCUGACUCAGACCCUGGGGCUCUGGAAGCGGCCGGUAGCCUACCUAUCUAAAAAGCUAGACCCCGUCACCAGCGGGUGGCCCUCUUGCUUGAAAGCCAUUGCAGCAGUAGCCCUACUUGUCAGAGACACGGAUAAGCUCACUCUGGGUCAGCGCGUGACUGUAAUUGCUCCCCAUGCUUUAGAAAGUAUUGUGCGGCAGCCCCCCGACCGCUGGAUGACAAACGCCCGGAUGACACAUUACCAGAGCUUGCUGUUAAAUGAUCAGAUAACCUUUGCUCCUCCUGCUAUUCUCAACCCGGCCACCCUGCUCCCUGAAGCAGAUGACUCUACCCCAGUGCACCGAUGCACUGACGUCCUGGCUGAAGAAAUCGGGACUAGGAAAGACCUGACUGACCAACCUCGGCCGGGUGUGCCUAACUGGUAUAUGGACGGCAGCAGUUUUGUGGUAGAAGGUAAAAGAAGGGCGGGAGCAGUGGUGGUGGACGGAAAGCAGGUAAUUUGGGCUUGCAGUCUACCAGAAGGAACCUCCGCUGAAAGAGCUGAGCUCCUGGCACUGACUCAAGCUCUGCGUCUGGCAGAAGGUAAGGCUAUCAACAUUUACACCGACAGCCGUUAUGCUUUUGCCACAGCCCACGUUCAUGGGGCCAUCUACACAGGAAGAGACAUUAAAAAUAAAGAGGAGAUCCUGGCCCUCCUAGAAGCCAUACAUCUUCCAAAAAAAUUAGCCAUCGUCCACUGCCUGGGACACCAGAAGGGGACUGACCUAGUCACAAAGAGGAACCAAAUGGCUGAUCUAACAGCAAAACAAGCUGCCCAGGGAGCAGUAGUGCUGGCGGAGAAAACUGGAACCCCACCAGAACCCCCCGCAAGCCAUGGAUCCCAGCUUCAUCUAUCCCUAUAAAGAUUAUGAUUUAAUCAAAGAUAUGACCUGUGCAGGAAAAGCUCAAAUGCUCAGUUCCGAUGGAUUGGCAAAAACCAAAGAUGGACGAAUCAUUCUGCCCUCUAAAGAAGGGCAAGACUAUGUGAGACGAAUGCACCAGCUAACUCAUCUUGGAAAUGAAAAACUUAAGCAAUUAAUCAAAGGUUCUAAAUAUUAUGUUCUAUGAUUAAAUACAGUAGUAAAAGAAGUAGUAGAGUCAUGUCAAGCCUGUACCUUGACCAAUGUUGCCCGACCGUUCAAAGAACCUGGAAAAAGGAUGAGGGGAGAUCAGCCGGGAGUUUAUUGGGAGGUAGACUUCACUGAAAUUAAGCCAGGAAAAUAUGGUAAUAAGUACCUUCUAGUUUUUAUAGACACUUUUUCAGGAUGGGUGGAAGCCUUUCCCACCAAGUCUGAAACUGCUCAAGUAGUAACCAAGAAGAUACUGGAAGAAAUCCUGCCCCGGUUCGGGAUCCCCAAGGUAAUCUGUUCGGACAACAGGUCGGCUUUUGUUGCCCAGGUAAGUCAGGAGUUGGCCACCCAACUGGGGACUAUUUGGAAAUUACAUUGUGCUUACAGACCCCAGAGCUCAGGACAGGUAGAAAGAAUGAAUAGAACCCUAAAAGAGACCCUUACUAAAUUGGCUAUUGAGGCCGGCGGCAAAGACUGGGUGACCCUCCUCCCCUUUGUGCUUCUUAGGGUCCGAAACACACCUGGACGUUUCGGCCUUACCCCUUAUGAAAUCCUACAUGGGGGAUGGCCCCCCUUGACUGAGU